AACGCAAUUGACAAUUUCGCAGUAGGCAUUACCCUUCUCCCACCACGCAAUCUCUUACGAUCCAGCACUAUCUGAGCCAGGAAUAAAUUGACAGAGAACGGCCAAUAUGGCGGCUGCAUUGGGUAUUCAAGGCAAUGUUGGCGGUGGUGGAAAUGCGGCAUUCAAGGACAAGGAGAAGCCUAUGGCUGUCCGGAAUGCCAACAUCAUGGCAGCCAGAGCCGUGGCCGAUGCCAUUCGAACCUCGCUUGGCCCCCGAGGAAUGGACAAAAUGAUUCAAUCUGGGAAAGGCGAGAACCUAAUCACAAACGAUGGUAACACCAUGCUGAAGAGCAUGAGUGUGAUGCACCCUGCAGCAAAAAUGCUGGUGGACCUCAGUGCAGCCCAGGAUGUUGAAGCCGGUGAUGGGACAACCUCCGUUGUGGUCAUCGCAGGUAGCCUACUCGGAGCCGCCGAUCGAUUACUCGCAAAAGGCAUCCAUCCCACCAUCAUCUCAGAGUCGUUCCAGAGGGCGGCGGCCGCGGCGGUCAAGAUACUACACAGCAUGUCUCAACCCAUAUCCCUGACGGAUCGGACCACACUUCUACAAGCAGCUUCGACGUCGCUGUCUUCCAAAAUUGUGUCACAACACUCCGGCUUGCUAGGUCCUAUGGCGGUCGAUUCUGUGCUGAAGACGAUCGACCCAAAGACCGCAGACAAUGUAGAUCUACGGAACAUCCGCAUCGUCAAGAAAGUCGGUGGUACUAUCGAAGAUUCAGAGAUGAUUGAUGGCUUGGUGCUAAAUCAACCUGUUAUCAAGAGUAGUGGUGGCCCGACCAGAAUAGAAAAGGCUCGGAUCGCGUUGAUUCAAUUCCAGCUGAGCCCCCCCAAGCCUGAUAUGGAGAACCAGAUUGUUGUCAAUGACUACCGACAGAUGGACAAGAUCCUGAAAGAGGAGAGGACAUAUCUACUCAACAUGGUCAAGAAAAUUCAAAAGACCAAGUGCAACGUGCUGCUCAUUCAGAAAUCCAUCCUUCGAGACGCAGUUAAUGACCUGUCUCUGCACUUCCUGUCUAGAUUGAAGAUCAUGGCGAUCAAAGAUAUCGAGCGAGACGAGGUUGAAUUUCUAUGCAAGAGCACAGGCUGCAAACCUAUCGCCAACAUCGACACCUUCACGGAGGACAAGCUCGGAAGCGCGGACUUGGUAGAAGAGGUCCAAUCCUCUGGUGCACGAUAUGUGAAGAUCACCGGCAUCCGAACUGCCGCAACACAAAAUCAGACCGUGUCAAUAGUAGCGCGCGGGGCCAACUCCUUGAUCCUCGACGAAGCCGACCGAUCGAUACACGAUGCACUCUGUGUCAUUCGUUGUCUGGUGAAGAAAAAGGCAUUGAUAGCUGGCGGUGGAGCCCCCGAAAUCGAAGUCGCACAGCAAUUAGCGAAGCAAGCACGAGAGUUGACAGGAACCGAAGCCAUCUGCUGGAAGGCGUUUGCCGACGCUAUGGAAGUGAUUCCAACCACAUUGGCGGAAAACGCCGGUCUGAACAGUAUCAAGGUGGUGACUGAGCUCCGGCACCGACAUGAGAUGGGUGAAAAGAACGCUGGUGUGAGCAUCAGGAGCGGAGGCGUCAAGACGAAUAUUGCGGACGAGAAGGUUCUCCAACCUCUGCUCGUGAGCACCAGCGCCAUCGAAUUGGCAGCGGAGACGGUCAAGAUGAUUUUACGGAUUGAUGAUAUUGCCUUGUCACGAUGAUCAAGAAGCCAAAAUUUGGGGAAACGGUGUGUUGAUGGCCCAGGAAAAGGUGUAUUGUAACCAACCAUAACGUGGGACUGUUAUACCCCUUUCAGACACGACAUGAAUGUUGCUACAAGCUGAUAGAUAUGCAAGCCUUGGUAGAUGGACCGUAACUUGUAGCCUACGAUUAAUGGCGACGCCGCGGGGCUUUCGAGAUCUUGAGCUAUUGUACUGGUCAAUGGUAGAGGGUCAAGUCAUGGUAUGUACAUGUUAUGCCUAUGUACGCGGCGGGCCAAUGAGCUUGGUAGAUAGAUUUUCC